CAAAAAAUAAUUACUUUAGUUAAAAGAAAAACUCAGUGCAUUCUAGUGAUCGAUAUGCGUGUAUUGUGCAGUGUUCUUUGGCUUGCAACGGCUCUCGUUGGCUUAACAAGUGCUUUUCCUGAUGGUGCUCCCGCUGAUACUUGCGUGAAACAGCGUGCCAAUCAACCGAAUCACGGAAAAGCGCGUACUCAGCCAGGGCAUACAAAUCUCUAUGAAGUCGUCGCCAAUUCGGAAACUUUUCAUCCUGGACAAGAGAUUUCAGUCUUAAUUUAUCCCGUUGACAAUAAGGCCACUUUCCGCGGAUUCUUUCUGCAAGCGCGUGAUGCCAACUCCAACGAAUGGAGUGGUGAGUGGAUACAAAGUGAAAACACCAAAACCAUUCCGGAAUGCUCGGCAAUAACACAUUCGGACAAUCGCGACAAGUUGGGGGCGAAACUUAUUUGGAAGGCGCCACAAAAUAAACGUGGGCGUGUCUAUUUUACGGGCACGGUAUUAAAGGAGUAUGGAACUUUCUGGAGUGACAUUGUUGCAAAAGUACAGUCUGCACCGUGAACUUAAGGACACCUUUGCUAUAAGAGCAUAAUUUUCUUCUCAUAUCCAGAGAUUCAUUACUUAAAAGAUGUAUUAAGGAGUAAAACUGCGGAAUACUUACAAUAAACAACAAUUGGUUUU